GUCUGCCUCUGCCACACAUCCGUGCCGCCACAGCACCGGUCAGUAUCAACGCGCUAGAGCCACAGAUCACUUAUGACGACCAGCAGGCUAGGGCGCUCUGCCUCUCCGCGCUCGCAUCUCGACAUCCUCUCCAGCAUGGUGUGCAAGCCGAGGUAGUCUGCUGUUCCCUCCUGACCCUCCCGCAGCUCGACCCAACCCCGCCUUUCUAAGCCGGUUCUCGACGUCUUCGGCGCGGCGCGAAGACCAGGCAGCGCCUUCCGCCGGGAGCGCGAGCACUGUCACGGAGAACCCCUCGCCGGAGAGCACGCAGUGGCUGUACGAGGGCCGCGCGGCGACGUGUGCGGACGAGAGCCUCGAGGACGCCAUCUUUGGGCCCUCGCCCCGCCCUGUGCAGUACUACACCGCCAUCCUGCGCAACAUCCAGAUGAUCAACGCGUUUCUCAGGUCUGUCGACCUCGAGGCGUUUAGGACAGGCAAAGUGGAUGAGGACUCGUCCGUCGCGAGCGCGAGGGCAGCGCUGAUCACCUACGCAGACGUCGCCCACCGCUGGCUGACCGCCGCGCUCGAAGCCGACACCGAGCUCUCCGAAGAGCUCCGCGCGGAACUCGCGCAGUGCCUCGAGUACUUUGGCAAGAACCUCGACAUCAUCGCGCUGUACGAGAGCGAGAGCGAGAUUGACGACGAGCUCAAGAAGCCGCGGUGGGCGGACAUUUGCGAUAUCGUCGUGUAUGCGUUCAAUAUCGCGUAUGCCCCGCUCGACAGGGCUGCGGGGGGUAUACAGCCGCAUUUGCGGAUAUUUGAGGCGCAGAUCACUGGUGGGGAUAUCCCGGAGGGGACGUCCAGGAAGGCCAUUUUGGUGGAUGAUGAGGCUCCUGGGGUCUAAUGUUGGCGCGGAUUCGGACUGUUUGGUUGUACUACUUGAAACGGAUUUUGUAUUCGUGUACGCUUUCCCUACGUAUCUUCAGAACAUGGAA